GAGAGAGGUAUUUUCGUACUCUACAAUUGCCUUCACAACUACGAGUCCUCACCCUAAAACCCUAACCUCCUGCGUGAUAGAAGGAAUUGGCGGCAGCCAGGUCGAGAGGCUAUUGGGGAGGAGAUUUGAAGAGGAGUAAAAACAGCUGGAAAAAUGGCGAGAGGGCUGAAGAAACAUUUGAAGAGGCUUAAUGCCCCAAAGCACUGGAUGCUUGACAAGCUCGGUGGUGCAUUUGCACCCAAGCCAUCAUCUGGUCCACACAAGUCCAGAGAAUGCCUUCCCUUGAUUCUUAUCCUGAGGAACAGGCUCAAAUAUGCACUUACUUACCGGGAAGUCAUUGCUAUCCUGAUGCAACGACAUGUUCUUGUUGAUGGAAAAGUUAGGACUGAUAAAACGUAUCCUGCUGGUUUCAUGGAUGUUGUGUCAAUUCCCAAGACAAAUGAGAACUUCCGUCUCUUAUAUGAUACCAAGGGACGCUUCCGUCUUCACACCAUCAGAGAUGAAGAGGCAAAGUUCAAGCUUUGCAAGGUUCGAUCGGUACAGUUUGGCCAGAAAGGUAUCCCCUACCUCAACACCUAUGAUGGUCGUACCAUCCGCUACCCUGACCCCCUUAUCAAGGCCAAUGAUACUAUUAAACUUGACUUGGAGACUAACAAGAUUGUUGACUUCAUCAAGUUUGAUGUUGGGAAUGUUGUGAUGGUGACUGGCGGAAGGAACAGAGGGCGUGUUGGAGUCAUCAAGAACAGAGAGAAACAUAAGGGUAGCUUUGAGACCAUCCAUGUUCAAGAUGCAGUUGGUCAUGAGUUUGCCACGCGAAUGGGUAAUGUGUUUACAAUUGGUAAAGGAGCAAAGCCAUGGGUGUCCCUUCCAAAGGGCAAGGGUAUAAAAUUAUCAAUCAUCGAGGAGUCUAGGAAGAGGCUUGCUGCUCAACAGGCUGCCUAAUCUGAUGAUAAAUUUUGAGCCCAUGUUUUGAGGUACUUUCAUUUUGUGGAUUAAUACCUGUUUGGAUGCUUCCAAUUUAAGCUGCGAUUCGAGGAUUUGUUUUGCUGUGAUUUGAGUUAUUGUUUUUAGGAUAAAGAUGGUUGGAUGCUUUUUCAUUUAGCUGCCUUUAAAUUUAUGUUAGAAAGACUUUAUAUACAUCUAAAUGUUGGUGAUGUGAUCUGAGUUACUUAUAUAGAGUUUCGAUGCUAAUUACAGUC